GUCGCGUGGUGUUGGUGUUUUUUUUUUUUUGCUGUUUUAGACACGAGGCGUGUCAGGAGACACUAAAACGAAUAUACAUCAGUUACGUUAAGCUAAGCAUUUGUUUCCAGGGGGUAAUUUAGAAGACGGACUUGUAAACAGUGCAAGCGUGGCGCUAAGUCCGUGCGCGUGCAGCCAACCAACAUGAGCCGAUAUGUAGCCGUGCCGAUAGCUUUACCUUUGGUGUAAACGUCUGGGCACGAGUCCAGGAAAUGUGACACGGGCAGCUGACGCUUCCAGGUCCCGGUCGCUUUAGUUCUAUUUGAAUAUCAUUGCUACUAGCGUGACAGAAUAGCAGUCAGUGGAAAUGAAAUUACUCUUUCUUGCCUGCCUUAAACCCAAAACUGGAAACCAUACUACAGCCGAGAGAAUAAGGUCCCACAUUGAAUCAGCAGGACACAUUUGUGAGCUCAGAGAUGCAGGAGAAUUUCAAUCUUCUGCAGACGUGAACAGUCUGGUGUCCCACUAUCCUCCUUUCGAAGGCGCACUAGCCAUUCAUCUGUACAGAGCUGGCAGACUUCUCUUGGACGUGCAGCUACCCUUUGGUGUCAUUUUUGGCGGAACCGACAUAAAUGAAGAUGUGAAAGUUGAACACAAGCGUGUGGUUAUGGAGCAGGUGCUGCGGAAAGCCAGGUUUGCAGUUGCAUUUACGGCCAAACUGAAAGAAGAGGCAGAAAUACACUUGAUGUCACAGAGCAGUAAAAUCUACGUGCAGCCUCAAGGUAUCCAGACGGAAAUUGCUGAUAAUUUCUGCUGGACGGAAUUCUUGAGGAGCUCAGGUGUAGAGAGCGAACAUGUGGAUGAGCUCCAUGUCUUCUUGUUAGUGUGUGGUCUGAGAAGCGUCAAGGACCCACUUUAUUUGGUGGAAGCUUUUUCAGGGUGGCAUUAUGAAAAUGUUCCAAAUAUACUAAUAAUUCUUGGACCAAAUAUUGAUCCAGUUCUUACUGCUGAAGUCAAAUCUGCUGUUAAAAGAACAACGGGGGUCUUUUUAGCCCACGAAAGGAGCCAACAGGAGGUGCACGCUGCCAUGAAAAGGAGCUUUGCUGUUGUCAACAGCUCUGUUUCAGAGGGCAUGUCAGCAGCCAUUCUAGAGGCCAUGCACCUCAGGGUGCCCGUGUUAGCGAGAAACAUCCCAGGGAAUGCAGCUGUGGUGCAGCAUGAGGUCACCGGCUUGCUGUACUCUUCACCUCAGGAUUUUCUACGCCAGUCUCAGAGGUUACUGUCGGAUCAGGAGCUAAGGGAAAGAGUGGUCAGGAAUGGAAAACUCUACGUGGAAGAGCAUCACUGCUUGGAAAAAGAAAGAGAAACUUAUCAGCAGCUGGUGGACUCGCUGCACUCAGUGUAGGCCACGCCACUCAGCCCAGUGAUUCAGGACUUCAGCAGGAAAAAGAUGCCGAACAUACCUUGGAUGGAAACUGUUUUAUAUUCUUAUUUUAAUUUGCACUGUAUGGUCAUGUUUGUCUUAAAUGGGGUGGUGCAGUACUUGAGCACAUUUAUUUACAUAUAUUUAUGCUUGUUUCAUUGAUGCUAAAUUUGAAAUAAGCAAAAGUGCAAUGCCGUUGUAUUUAUUGUUUAUUUUACAAAUAAAAAUGGAGGCAGGCAUCUCUUGCCUGGCUUUGACUUAA